GUUCACCGCCUUUCGCCACUCUCCUGUUUCUCUCGCCGACAGCACCGAUGGCCGACGGCUAUUGGAAGCACGGCGACGCGCUCCGCCAGGCGUCGGCAGCCCAGGCUUCCCUGCAGGUUUCCAUGAAGCGCCCCCGUUCUGAUCACGGAGAUGUUUCUGGUGGUCUGGAAUAUGUUGGUUAUCAUCCUCGUGAAGAAGGGAGGAUGGGAUACCGUGUCAUCAGGGACACUAAAUCGAUCGAUGCAGCCUAUGAACGUUAUUUGCGUGAUAGGCAAAUUGUGUCUUAUAGUAGUGGAGAAUCCCUUAGGCCAGUUGCUGGUGGAAUGGGUAGUCAUCCUGUUGAUGAUAUGCAUAUGAUGGGUGUUGGGGUCAUGGAUGGACAAAGUGUUGGAUAUGGAACUGGUAGAUCAGAAAUUCCUCUGCCUCCUGAUGCAUCGAGCACAUUAUAUGUGGAGGGCCUUCCUGCGAACUGCACACGCAGGGAAGUGUCUCAUAUUUUUCGUCCAUUUGCAGGUUUUCGAGAGAUUAGACUUGUGAAUAAGGAUUCUAGAUUUCCUGGAGCAGAUCCAUUUGUUCUAUGCUUUGUUGAUUUCUCCAACCCUAGUCAAGCUGCAGUUGCUUUGGAUGCUUUGCAAGGUUUGAGGUUCAUUUGCUAGGUCGGAGAGAAACAGGGAGUAGUCUUGGUUAGCAAUGCUGCAUGAGAGGUUAUAAGUUUGACAUGCUUGACCGAGAUUCAGCCAAUUUAAGGCUGCAAUUUGCUCGCUUUCCUGGUCCGAGGUCAGCUGGCAGACCUUGUGGCAGUCGUUGAUAUCAGGAGGAUUUUCUUUUUCCAGGUGACAGAUGCUGAUAUUUCAGUCUAUGCUUUUGUGCAAGCAUACAAUUUGCUUGAAGAUAAUGUCAGGAGGUUAUACACUCGUUAUGCUGAAUAAUUAUCCAACUGUUAACCAUCUUGUAAACAUGUUGAGAUCAGGAGGCUUUGUUCACCAUGGGACUGCUAGUAGAUUACCCUUUUUGGGUUUUCCUUUCAUAGACUCUGAACGUGAGAGUGUGGGAACUUUUGAAUUUAUAUAGCCUGGCAUAUCUGUGGUCUGCCCCAUAAAUUUGCUCUCCUGUGGCAUUUUCCUUCAAAGGACAACAUGUGCUGUUGUUUGAUGUUCUGAAGAAGGAACUAGUUUGACAUUAGUGCUACAGUUGAUAUGAAAUACAUGGUUCUUUCUCUAAUUUUUU